CUUAGGUAAUGGCAACUACAGCUGGAGGAACAAUGCCUAUGAUGAUGACCAUGGGCAGAACAAAUGCAGCAGCAGGGAUGAUCAUUGAAGAUCAUAUGAAAAAAGUGUUGUAUAAGGGUAAAAAGAAAGCUCAAAUUGUUGAUAAAACAUUGGCUCCUAGACUCAAGCAUUCUGCUUUUGGAGACUUCCCGAAAACUCAUAUUGCUGGAAAGAAAGCUGGACUCCACUCUAAAGUUGCGAAGAAGCAAGAUGAUUUCUCAGAUCUCAAACCUAAGGUCAUUCCACUCAAGAAAGGACAAGGACUUGGUGGUAAAGCCGUCACUCUCAAUCCUAAGAAAGAAGCCAUCAAACCAAAGAAACCUAAAGCAGGAGCCAGGAAGAAAAGGAAGAUCCCCAUUUCUGAGUUCAGAAGGUUCUACGAUAGAGGUGACUUGCCUAUCAUCAUUGAGCACUCAGGGUCUGGCUGCAAGCUCAAGUGGACCAAAGAUGUCGACCUCACCCAGCUGGACUAUCACCACUAUUUACCAAUCUUCUUUGAAGGAAUCAGAGAAAAGACGGAGCCAUACCGUUUCUUAGCAGUGCAGGGAAUAUUCGAGCUGUUGGAGCACGGGCAGGCGAGAGUGUUGCCAGUGAUUCCUCAGUUGAUCAUACCCAUCAAGACAGCCCUAAACACCAGGGAUAAGGAUAUCAUCUGCAUUUGUUUGAAGAUUUUACAAAGACUUGUGACAUGCAGCGAAACCAUUGGGGAAGCAUUAGUUCCUUAUUACAGACAGAUUUUGCCAAUCCUAAACUUAUUUAAAAACUCCAAUCACAAUACUGGAGAUAAAAUUGACUAUUCCCAGAGAAAAGAAACCAACCUUGGAGAUCUUAUCCAGGAGACUCUAGAACUAUUUGAGCAGUGUGGAGGAGAGGAUGCAUUUAUCAACAUUAAGUACAUGAUCCCCACUUAUGAAAGCUGUGUCCUGCAAUAGAUAAGAAGUUAAUUCAAUUUUUAGAUCCUAA